AUGAUCUAUGGGGGUAUUGAGAAGGCCGGGUAUUUGGAUCCGCCGGAUAGGCCCAAUACGGCUCUUCUUAGGCCGAAAGAUCCUGGUCCAAGCAACAAAAGCAGUCCAAGUUCGCCCAUUAUCGCUUCACCCAAUGGAGAUAUGAUCCUCAAGUACAGCAGGCUUUCUUCAGCAGAAACCUACUACUGGAAAAUCAAUAGCCACUUACUUGUGAAUAAUAGUCCCUAUUUCCGGGUGCUUAUAGACCCGGACAAAUUUUCUGAGGGACGACUUCUUGCACAACAGAGGACAGAGAGCGCUGCGUCUGACUCUUUACCCAUCAUGGUGAUACCCGCAACUCCAUUUACGGAAAUGUGUGGUGUAGAUGCUAUUGAGAUAUUCCUGCAGAUCUUGUGUCUGGACUCUCUUACAGCUGGUCCCAAUGCCGACGAGGAUGAUGAUCUGGAGGCUCUUUUUACACUCAACCUGAAAACUCAGCCUCUCUCUCUGAUUGCGAGGUUAAUUGCAAUUUCUGAUUGGUACAGUUCCCCAAAGCCUGUCAAAGACGCUUUGCAGCGCGUGGACUACAACUUCGGCAAGGGUAACCCGCGGCUUAACAAAUUUGAUAAACCGUCCUUGAAAAUGACAGAUGAUCGAAUCCGCCAAACCAUCGCUGUUGCAACAUUUAUGGGUCUGGACAAUAUUACGAAAAUUAUGACACACACGCUGGUGGUUCUCGGCUCCAAGCGAUGGGCUCAUGGGUUGGAACUGCCGAGUGAUCCUUAUCUUCCUUGGCAAUAUUUCGCGCAUGGAUUAGAAGAUGAGCUUUAUUUCCGGCGACAGUGCAUCUUGAACACAAUCACCGACCUGCAAGCACAUUUCCUCCGCAAAUAUGGCGCACUGGAAGAUACCGAAGAAACAAAGCCUCCCGCUUCAGCCAUCACAACUCACUCUUUCUCCCAACAUCGCCCGUUCCAGUGCCGUGCUGGACUUGGUAACGCCAGCCAAUGCGAUCUUUUCCAUCUGGGUCAGAUGACUCGUUUCUUUGCGCUGCGCGCCAAGACAAUAUUUGUAGGAUCUACUUUGAUUGAUCCCGAGUUCAGCCCAAUGCAAGAGGAAGUAGAAGAUGGGCAGGAGAUGCAUGACGGGAGCAAAGAACAGCCAUCGGCUACCUUGUCAGUCCCGGAAUCCGACAUCACAGCUCUCAUCGCAUCUAUGAAACGAUUUCCAGACUACCAGGUCGAUCUCAAUCACCAAGGGUGUGGUGUGAGACGUCGCUUACUUCCGAUCUUGGACGGCAUUGAAAAGUUUGUGCUGGACGGGCGUGGGUUGUUGGGCGUUAUGUCUACUCUUUGGCAGGACUCAUCAAAGCGUCUCGAGAUUUCUUGGAAAUUGAAACCAAGGCAGACGAUCCCUCCAGUGGAUAUUCAAUCUGUGUAUCUCAAGGCCCGAGGUCCUAGGCCGUCUCAGACUCUCAGCCAGGAAGACUAUGCGCGGGUGUUAUUUACCGCCAAGAAGCGCAUUUGGGAGGCACAUCUAUCCGGAUAG